AUGGAUUAUGGCCUUAUUAAACACGGAAUGUUUUUUGCAUUUCCCUUUAUAACCUACAAUAAAGAAAUAUAUAUAGACAGUGUGAUAAAUAAAAUAUCAUUAGAAACAAUAAAAAAAGAAUGUAAAGAAGGCACACUAAACCAAAUAAAUCCUUAAAAAGCAAGUUUACCAUCUUUAGAAUUCAACAACGAAGACGAAUAUUAUAAUAACCUCUUCAAAUAAAAUCCUAAUAAAAUUAAAAUAAGAAUUCUUUCGUCAAAAAAUUUAUAAAGACCAACAAUAGAUAACCGAGAAAAUGAAUAACUAGAAAACUACAUUAAUCAAUAUUAGCAUGCAUAAAAAGCUCCUAAAAUCUUAAAUAAUCUUUUCGAAAAUAAAAAUCAUGUUUUUACAUCUUUAAUUAUACAUAUACAUGGCGGAGGUUUUGUUGCUAUGAGUUCACGAUCUCAUUAAACUUAUACAAGAUAAUGGGCUUAUUAAUUAAAUAUUCCUUUGUUUUGUAUUGAUUAUAAAAAAGCACCAUAGUAUCCUUUUCCUGAAGCUUUAAAUGACUGCUGGUAAGCUUAUAAUUGGAUUAUUAAUUUUGUUCAUCGAUUUUUUAAUGUAAAACCUUAAAAAAUUAUUUUAGUUGGAGAUUCCGCUGGAGCUAAUUUAGCAGCAGCUCUAACUUUAAAAUGUAUUUAAAAUAAAAUAUAAAUUCCUACAGGAAUACUUUUGGCAUAUCCAGCUUUAAAUUUAAAUAAAAAUUCUUUCACACCAAGUUUUCUAUAUUCUUUAAAUGACUAAGUUUUGCCUCAUACUUUUCUAAAAAUGUGUUUGGACUCCUAUAUACCAGAUAGUUUAGAAUUGCAUACAUAAGAUAAUCCUUUUGUUUCUCCUUCAUGUGCUUCAGAUGAAUUUUUGAAGCAUUUCCCACCAACACGCAUUUUAGUAGGAAGUAAAGAUCCUUUGCAUGACGAAUGUUGGAGAUUUUUGAAAAAAUUAGAUGAUUUGGGUAGAAGUGCAGAAAUAAUUGUCUACGAAAAUAUGCCUCAUGGAUUUUUAAAUUAUGAUUUUCCUAAUAUAAUGAGAGAGGCUAAAGUUUGUAUAUAAGAUGCAGGUAAAUUAAUCUAAAAAUUAUUAGAUUUAUGA